CAUCGUCAUGCGCCCAAGACCGAAGGAAGGUCGUGGCGUCAUAUUCGUGCGUCCAGGCCGAGGGGGGGUGCAUGUGCGAGUUUGUUGGUUGUCAAAGUUCUUGCAUUCCAUUUUCAAAAAUGAGUUUCUUGGAGUAUAAAGAUGUCAUUCAGAGUGGUGACACUGCCAUUGUUUUCCUGGGUCAUGACUCUAUGUUUGCGAUUAAAGUACAGCAAGGUGGUGCAACACAGACUAAAUAUGGGGCCAUCAAGCAUUCAACAGACCUCAUUGGAAAGAAGUAUGGCUCUAAGAUUACAUGCAGCAAAGGAGGUUGGGUUUAUAUACUUCAUCCAACUCCAGAGCUCUGGACAGUGACUCUUCCUCACCGGACCCAGAUCCUUUAUUCCACUGAUAUCUCUAUGAUCAUCAUGAUGCUCGAGUUGAAGCCAGGAUCAAUUGUCUGUGAAUCAGGUACAGGAAGUGGUUCACUUUCCCAUGCAAUCAUUCGGACAAUUGCACCAACAGGACAGCUAUAUACUGUGGAAUUUCAUAAACAACGAGCAGAGAAAGCUGAAGAGGAGUUCCAUGAACACAAGGUAGAUCAUUUGGUCACGGUAAAAACGCAAGAUGUUUGUAAAGAAGGCUUUGGAGUAACCAAUAUUGCGGAUGCUGUUUUUCUGGACAUUCCGUCACCUUGGGAGGCUGUUAGAUAUGCAAAAUCUGCCCUGAAGAUAGAAGGUGGAAGGAUCUGUUCUUUUUCUCCCUGUAUUGAACAAGUGCAACGCACCUGCCUUGCUAUGACUGAGCAGGGAUUUAAUGAUAUCAGUACGUUUGAAAUUCUUCUCCGGGUGUAUGAUGUUAGGACUGUGAGCCUGCAGCUCCCUGACUUUGGUACAGGAGACAAAAAUAGCCAGGACACACCAGCUGACGAUGUGAGCCAAUCAAAGAGAAAGCGCUAUGCAGAUUCGCAACAGGGAACUAUCCAGUUUAAAAGUGGUGUACCUCUAAGAGAGAUGGCAGGUCAUACUGGAUAUCUGACCUUUGCUACUAAAUAUCUUUCCUAGGGACAAAGAAAUGUUAUUUAUGAACAUUUUUUUCUCACCAAGAAAGGUACAAUCCAGAAUUAAAUUUCACAGAGAUGUAUUGACGUGUAAUGAGCCCUGUGGGUGCAUGCCAAGAAUUAUGACAAAUGCUUAACAUUUUACUUUUACAGAAAGUAUAACUUACUAUGAAAGGAAGAGCAUACAACUUGAUGCAAAUUCAAUACAUGGGCUGUAAAUGGAAUGAGCCAGUGGGAUCUAAGCCACUUAUAAAUUCCAUGUGGGCAUACUGUAUUGACCUUCUUUCAUCAGUCCCUUGUUCCUUUAGUUUAAUUGACUUUCUAAUAAAUAUUUUAUAUACAGAGGAAUAUUAAGUGACUUAUGUUUAUAAUAAAGUUUGGAAGUACUGUUGGAUCUUUAUCAGCUCAGGCUACACACACGCAAGUGUGAUUCCUUUGGCGAAUGAUUUUAAUGGCCAACUUAUUUUAUUGUUAUUAACAAUGCACAUUAGUGAAAUAGUUACAUAAAACCAUUCAAAGUUUCCAUUUGUGGUAACACAGUUUGAAAAUGUUGGCAACCUAGAAAAAUUAAUUUCAGAUUCUAUUGUUUCUAUCUGUUUGUAAGUUGUUAAUAUUGCAAUGCAGAAUACCCUGUUAUGUUCUGUUUUAUUAUGAAUCUCAUAAAGCCCUCAAAAUGAAGCAAGCCAAAGGAUUUGGUGAAAUGUUGGGUAGUGCAGUUGACCCACUGAGCUCAACCUUCCCUGGUAAGCAAUGAUCAGCAUUUACUUUAGCUUUUGUCUGCUCUGGACUACCUAGGACUCUCAGAUAGUUCUGUGUGAAUAAGUGUUUCCUGGUGUUGGCUUUCAGCUUGCAUAGGAACGUGCUAAAAAGGUGGAUAUAAAAGAGACUGGCAGUUCAUGAGGUUGGACACGUUUACAUCUCAUUAUAGGUAGUGAAGCACUUUUUCAAUGUAGUAUGCCAGCCAAUUUAGAUCAUCAAUGUUUAACCUGCAGUGUUGGCAAAGAUAUCUAGAAAACCUGCCUUUUCUUCAGAUGCUAUUGUUUUUAUUUGCAUCCACUGUGUUGGAUCUAACUAGUUCAGAACCUUUGCCUUUGUUAAUAAAGUGAGAUUUAUUCUGAUCAUAAAGAGGAUAUAACAUAUUGUACAGCAGAGACUUAACAUGUCCCAGAUAUACAGAUAUCACGUUGGACAGACAGUUGGUGCUGAGCAGUUGUUAAUUAAUCAUCUUCAGCCCCUUAGUAUUUGACUUGCUAUCUUUGAGCUAAUCAAAAUGUUAGAUCCCCAUCAGUAUUGGAUUUGUUCCAAAAAAACUUGGCUUUUUGAAUUAUUUGUUGGUAAUGAAUCCAAAUAUUAGCAUAAUUCAAAUGCUAAAGUUUGAGACACCAGUCUUACUUGAUUUCCUAAACUGCAAUUUUCCUGUUACUGCAAAAACCUGCAAACUGAGCACUUAAUAUUAUAUCAUGAAAAUAUUAAAAAACAAAAUACAGGUAAAAUUUUGAAGUGACCCAUGUCACCAAUGUAUAUUUUGCGUUUCUUGGUGACACUAGAAAAUAAAGAUUCAUUGAAGAGAGCAAGGCAACAGUUUUUUUUCUAAAUAAAAGAUUACAGGUAAAUAUUACUGGAUUGUCAGAAUUUAGUCAUUUGAAGGGUCUUGUGUCUAAUUUUACACUUAGAGUCAAAGAGCCUUAGAGUCACAGAAAUGGGCCUUUGGCCCAACUUGUCCAUGCUCACCAUGUUGCUUACCUGGAACUAGUUCUAUUUGCCUGCAUUUGGCCCAUAUACCUCCUAAAACCUUUCUUAUCAUGUACCUAUCUAAAUGUCUUUUAAAUGCUCUAACUGUACGCACCUCUACCACUUCCUCCAACAUACCCACCAACUUCUGUGUGAGGCAAAAAUUUGCCUCCUCAGGUCCCCUUUAAAUAUUUCCCUUCUCAUCU